AUGAAGGUCUCUUCAGCCUCCCUGGCGACUUUGCUGGCCUACACCGCCAAUGCCUCUUAUACCAAUUCUACUCCACUGUACAAAGAUCCAAAUGCAAGUGUGGAUGACAGAGUUUCAGACUUGCUGUCUCGAAUGACCAUUCAAGAUAAAACUGCACAAUUGAUCCAGGGCGAUAUUUCGAAUUGGCGUAAUAUGACAGAUGGCAGGUUUAAUGCAAGCGGUUUAGAAUGGAAUAUGGCUACUCGAGCUGGUCAAUUCUACGUCGGUUAUCCAGUUGCGCAACAGCUGAUUGCGGACGGAAUCAAGCAAGCGCAAGAUUAUCUUAUGCACAACACCACAUUAGGAAUACCAGCUUUGGUUCAAAGUGAAGGUAUUCAUGGUUUCUUGAUUGAAAAUGCAACUAUCUUCAAUUCCCCAAUUGGACACGCUUGCUCUUGGAAUCCGGAUUUGAUUCGAAAGAUGGGAGCAGCCAUUGCACAGGAGUCACUGGCACUUGGUGUUAACCAAAUAUUUGGACCUUUGGGUGACUUGGCCCGUGAGUUGAGAUACGGCAGAGUUGAAGAGACUUUCGGUGAGGAUGGGUAUUUGGCAGGUGAGAUGGGAUAUGCUUAUGUUAAAGGUCUUCAAGCUGGAAAUGUCAGCUCGACAGUCAAACAUUUUGCAGCGUAUGGAACUCCCGAACAAGGGUUGAACACUGGCCCACAACAUGGUGGAGAGAGAGAACUUCGAACUACCUAUCUCCCAUCCUAUAAGCGCAUAAUCUUGGAUGCUGAUGCAUGGUCUAUUAUGUCGGCUUAUCAUUCAUAUGACGGUGUCGCGCUCGUAGCCAGUCACCAUAUUCUUACGGAAAUUCUCAGAGAAGAAUGGGGCUACAAGUACUGGGUAACUAGCGAUGCCGGUGCUACAGAUCGUCUUUGCGAUAACUUCAAGAUGUGCCGAUCUAAAGGUAACGGGCUACCUAUCGAUUCAGAAGCAGUAACCAUGUUUGCACUUCCUGCAGGAAAUGAUGUCGAGAUGGGUGGCGGCUCCUUUAACUUCGAGAAAAUCCCAGAACUUGUGGAAUCUGGAGUCUUAGAUAUUGACAUUGUUGACACCGCUGUAUCGCGUCUUCUCCGUGCCAAGUUCACCCAGGGUCUUUUCGAAAACCCUUAUCUUGCGGUGCCAGCUAACCAAACAGCAUCUUUGAUCCACACUCCAGAAACCAUUGCUCUGGCUCGAGAACUAGACGCUGAAUCGAUUGUUUUGUUGGAAAAUGGUGAAGGUGUCCUCCCUCUUUCAAAGACGGCGAAUGUGGCUGUAAUUGGACCUAUGGCGCAUGGAUUCAUGAACUAUGGUGAUUACGUCGUCAACGGAAGUAUGUACCGUGGAGUAACUCCAUUAGAUGGUAUAAAAGCUGCUAGUUCAGGAACUAUUACUUAUGCCCAAGGCUGCGAGCGCUGGUCAAACGAUCAAUCCGGAUUUGAUGAAGCUGUUUCCGCCGCUCAAGCUGCCGAUGUCGCUGUUGUCGUUGUUGGAACAUGGUCAAGAGACCAAAAUCAACUUUGGCAAGGAUUAAAUGCCACGACUGGAGAGCAUGUUGACGUGGCUUCCCUAAACCUUGUCGGUGCUAUGCCCCACCUGGUCAAAGCUAUCAUCGAUACCGGAAAGCCUACCGUAGUUGUUUUCUCCUCCGGUAAACCCAUCACCGAAGCAUGGAUUUCCGAAAGCGCAUCUGCAUUAGUCCAACAAUUCUACCCCUCUGAAGAAGGAGGAAAUGCACUCGCAGAUGUCCUUUUCGGUGACGUAAACCCAAGUGGUAAAUUAUCCGUUGGCUUCCCCUACGACGUCGGCACCACCCCAAUUUACUACGACUACCUGAACUCUGGACGACCAGUUGAUGCAGGUAAAGAGUACGCCAACGGCACCCUAUCCUUUGGUCAUCAAUACGUCCUCAAUUCCCCUGUGCCCCUCUACGAGUUCGGCUAUGGAAAGUCUUACUCCACAUUCGAAUAUUCAAACGUUACUCUCUCGGCCAGAAAUGUUAGCGCUACUGACACCAUUACUGCUACUCUCUCAGUCACCAACAACUCAACACGUGAUGGCUCGGAAGUUGUGCAACUCUACAUCCAAGACGUGAUCAGCAGCGUCGUUGUUCCAAAUAUUCAACUCAAGGGUUUCCAGAAGGUGGCCAUCAAAGCAGGUGAAACGGAAACGGUAAAUAUUGAUUUGAAGGUGCAGGAUGUUGGUUUGUGGGAUAUUAAAAUGAAGUAUGUGGUUGAGCCUGGAGAUUUCGUCGUCCAUAUUGGAAGUUCGAGUGCGGAUUUCAGGACGAGUGCUACUUUUACGGUGGUUUAG